GGGAGCGGGGAGGACCGGCGCAGCCAUGGCGGCCACCCGGGCCCGAGUCGCGCACCUGCUGAGGCUCCUGCAACGCGCAGCAUGCCAGUGCCCAGCUCAUUCUCACACUUACUCCCAAGCUCCUGGACUUCCACCUUCUGGGAAAACAACAGAUUAUGCCUUUGAGAUGGCUGUUUCAAAUAUUAGAUAUGGACCAGGAGUUACAAAGGAAGUGGGCCUGGAUCUACAGAACAUGGGGGCUAAAAAUGUUUGCUUGAUGACAGACAAGACCCUCUCCCAGCUCCCCCCCGUCCGAGUAGUUAUGGAUUCCCUAGUGAGGAAUGGCAUCAACUUUCAGGUUUACGAUGAGGUGAGGGUGGAGCCAACAGACUCAAGCUUCAUGGAUGCAAUUGAAUUUGCCAAAAAGGGAGCGUUUGAUGCCUAUGUUGCUGUAGGCGGUGGCUCCACGAUGGACACCUACAAAGCCGCUAAUCUGUAUGCCUCCAGCCCUAACUCCGAGUUCCUGGAUUAUGUCAAUGCUCCUAUUGGGAAGGGAAAGCCUGUGUUGGUGCCGCUGAGGCCUCUGAUUGCAGUCCCAACUACCUCAGGAACUGGGAGUGAAACUACUGGGGUUGCUAUUUUUGACUAUGAACACUUGAAAGUAAAAACCGGCAUUGCUUCUCGAGCCAUCAAACCCACUCUGGGACUAGUUGACCCUCUGCACACCCUCCACAUGCCUGGCCAGGUGGUGGCCAACAGUGGCUUCGAUGUGCUUUGCCAUGCCCUGGAGUCAUACACUGCCCUUCCCUACCACAUGCGGAGCCCCUGCCCUUCCAACCCUAUCAUGCGGCCAGCGUACCAGGGCAGCAACCCAAUCAGCGACAUCUGGGCAGUCCACGCACUGCGGAUUGUGGCUAAGUACCUGAAGAGGGCUGUCAGAAAUCCUGAUGAUCUUGAGGCAAGGUCUAACAUGCACUUGGCAAGUGCUUUUGCUGGCAUUGGCUUUGGAAACGCUGGGGUUCAUCUGUGCCACGGAAUGUCUUACCCAAUUUCAGGUUUAGUGAAGACAUAUAAAGCAAAGGAUUACAAUGUGGAUCACCCAUUGGUGCCCCAUGGCCUUUCUGUGGUGCUCACGUCCCCAGCAGUGUUCACCUUCACAGCCCAGAUGUUUCCAGAGCGGCACCUGGAGACGGCAGAAAUAUUGGGAGCUGAUACCCGCACUACGAAGAGACAAGAUGCAGGACCUGUGUUGGCAGACACACUCCGGAAACUCUUAUUUGAUCUAAAUGUUGACAAUGGCCUGGCAGCCAUUGGUUACUCCAAGGCUGACAUCCCUGCAUUAGUGAAAGGAACACUGCCCCAGGAAAGAGUCACCAAGCUUGCACCCCGACCCCAGUCAGAAGAGGAUCUGUCUGCUCUGUUUGAAGCUUCAAUGAAACUGUAUUAAUCACCAUUUGAACUGAAAGAAUUGCCUUUGGCCAUAGUCCUGAGAGCAGAAGUUGAUCUGGCUAGAGCUUUGUCUUUUCAUCUCAACACAUAACUUACCUGUUACCAGUUUUAAUGUAAUAUAUAUUUAUCCUGCAGGAAAUUUUCCAAUGUUCAGACUUAAGCUAUUUCCAUAAAACAGGCUGGACAAAUGCCUGUGAUGUCAGACUGUUGGGCCAGAUUUCAGGGGUCAGUGUUUGUGCACCAAACCCUGUAGAAUAUUCUGCCUCAGCUCCAUGUAUCAAAUGGGCAAAUGUUCAGUAUCUAUCAAAUACAUAAAUGUUUAUCCUAUGCCCAGGAACUGCGUGUCUAGAAAUUUACCCUACAGAAAUACUAGCACACAUAUGUAAAGGAACAUGUCAAGGAUGUUUCUGGCUAGGUGUGCUAGCAUGUGCCUAUAGUCCUAGCUACGUGGGAGGCUAAGGUAGGAGGAUCCCUUGAGUCCAGGAGCUCUGGGAUGUAUGCACUAUGCCAGUCGGAUGUCCACACUAAGUUUGACAAUAUGGUGACCUCCCAGGAAUAGGGGACCAUCAAGUUGCCUAAGAAGGAGUGAACUAGCCCAGGUCAGAAAUGGAGCAUGUUGGGCUGGUGGAGUGGCUCCAUUGCCUGCCUAGCAAGCCUGAGGCUCUGAGUUCAAACCCCA